CUACGUAGAUAGACAGAAGUACGAUGAUCUUCUGCUCCAAGUACAACAUCUCCAGUUGUUGCUGGAUGAAGAGAGAAAAAGAGAAAAAGUUGUUUAUCAGAAGGGUUCCUGUUGAGAGGGUUGUGUAUAAGGAAAUAGAGAAGAAACCUACGGGAAAGAUGGUUGGACUUGGUCUUGCUCUGGAGCGAUCAAGCAAUUCAAGAGACGUGGUGGUUCAUGAGAUUAUUCCUGGGUUUGCAGCCGAGAAAAGCGGGAGUUUCCAGGUUGGCGAUAUCCUUGUAGCAGUCGACCAGCAGGCUGUCCAUAACAUAGAGCUUGACGUCAUCAAACAUCUCACUGUUGGACCUGUGGACACCUACUGUACUUUGCAGAUGAUGAGAGGAGACGAAAUUUUCAAUGUUACCCUCCAACGUAUAUGCCCUCCAGUCCUCAACUAUUCAAAUUAUCAAGCAGCCUCGCACGUCAUGCCCGGAGAGAGUGGAAUCAGGACAAACAACUACAGCUACUCGGUGUACGAACAGUACAGCAAUGGCUCCAUUGGUAACACCCGCGUCACUUAUUGAUCGCAGAGUACCAUGACUAUGAAUGAUGUUUCAUCUUGUUUUUCCGUGUGUCAAGGAGUUGCAUGAAUAAAGUAUGUAUUGCCG